AUGGCCCCAGCUAUUUUUGACUGCGCAGACGAACUAGUGGAUAAACUCGUGACAUAUAUCAAUGCGUCCUACGGCCGGCAGCAAUCCGUGAUCAACAUACGAGAUCAAUGCUGCGCCUGCGCCUUGGAUAUUUUUGGAAGGAUCGGGUUGCGCCAUGCCUUCGAUGCCCUCAAAUCUAUGCCCAUAUCCCCCGGUCAUGCGGCUCCACUAACGAUUCAGACUGACGCAACACUGAUCAUACUAGCGUGGCGAGACCUCACGCGUACUAGUCAAUAUCUUUCAUCGCUCGUGGCGAGGGCUUUCAUUCGUGCUUAUCCCAUGGUUGCCGACCUUCCUUUGCCUGGCUUGGCAAGUGUCAGCAGCCAGACAAUUCAGAGGCUCACGAAACCGCUCUUGAGAAGGGCGCAAGCUGCUUCUGACGGCGACAAUGACAACGACAAUAUUCUCUCAAUAUUAGCCCGCGAAAGCAAGAGUCUAUCUGAAUAUCAGAUUGUACAGAACAUGUCUUCUCUAUUAUCCGCCGGGCACGAAACAGUGGCCGGCACUGUAUCUUUUAUUCUUUCAGAACUCGCGCGCCACCCGGAGGCCCAGAUUCGCCUGCGACAAGAAAUUGUAGAGGCCGGCCGUGCUUUCAGUUAUGAAGGCAUCCAAAGGCUACAAUAUCUUGAUGCAGUAGUCAAGGAAGGCCUUCGAAUCCACCCUCCCUCGCAGAUGACGGAUCGCGUGGCACUUGUUGAUGGAGACAUCCCCCUCUCAGCACCUAUCCAGGGGCAGGAUGGAGCUCCUAUCCAUUCAUUGUCCGUACGAAUGGGGCAAGUCUUCGUAAUUCCAUUCAAGGUCAUCAACACAGCGGAAACAACUUGGGGGCCGGACGGCUCUAUAUUCCGCCCUGAGCGUUGGUUGUCGACAGGAAUAAAUCAAGGGGGCAUCCCAACCCCUGAUGAUCUUCCCCAUGGCUGGUCCGGGAUCAUGUCUUUCAGUGACGGUCCGCGCCAAUGUCUGGGGAUCAAGACAGGCGUGUUUGAAGUAAAGGCUUUGGUAGCAACACUCAUUCGCUCGCUGGAAUUCAGGCCGACAGGACAAACUAUCGAUCGAUCUCUAUACUUCCCGGAAAGGUUGGACGUCACUACCCUCCGCAAGACGGCUUUAGGGGCCGCUCAUACACUCUCACUUCAUCCUCUUAGUACGAACUGGCGCAUAAUGGGCAACCCCGCCGAAAUCGCGCAUUCCUACAUGCUCAUCGGCCUAUUUCUGAAUAUAUGGUUGUAUGGGAUCAUGACAACACAGGUGUAUCUGUAUUACAUGGAGUAUCCAAAGCGAGUCAAGUUUCGCGGAGAUAAGUGGUGGAUAAAGUCUCUGGUGGCCACGCUGUUGCUCGCCGACACAUUGAACGCGUUGUUUCUCUGCAUAUACGUUUACAAGUCUCUCAUCACGAACUUCAACAAUCCAGCGUUCCUCGCGGACCCAGAUUGGAUAUUUGCAACCGAUCCCGCUCUAACGGGAAUCAUCGCCGCAAUUGUGCAACUUUUCUUCUCUUGGCGAAUCAAGGUCCUUACUUCCAAUAACGGAAUCUUCGUCGUUGUCGUAGUUUGCGCGCUGGUUGGACUAGCUGGAGCCCUCUUCACUGCUGUCGAAGUAACCAAAUCAGUCAGCUUCGAAGAAUUCCGGAGAUUCAAGUGGGCCGUAAUCGUUUGGCUGUGCUCAGAAGCUUUUGGUGAUCUCGUUAUUACAGGGACGCUGGUUACCUUCCUGGUACGCCUGUCGAAGGAAGGAAUUUUAGCUCGUUUGUUGACUCGCUCUAUAGAGGAAUCACAAAACUGGCUUUCCAUCUUCCGAUAA